UAAUAUGUUUUCUCUAUCAUCUAAUCAUAGCGAUUGCAUUUUUGUGCAGUAGAUGAAAUUUAAAAAUUACAUUGGCCGGCAGCUUCGCCCUUCGCAGCUGGCGGCGGAGCUGCUGCCGGCUGAUCAACAAUGGUGUGCGCUCUGCCAUCAAGCGAUUCCGAAGAAAUUUUUAGCCGCCCAUCAGCAGCUUUCUUCCCAUCGUCAAGCGGCACGAAAGAUCAAUAAGCUGAAAGGAUUAUCGUUAAUGAUGUGGGAAGCUCAUCGUGGCGCCCCAUUAAGCGAAGAAAGCGCAAAAGAAACCGAUAUUGCUCGAGAAUUCGAACACUUCCGGAAGGACCAACAACGCCGCGAGCGGGCUGAAUUAGAAGCCUGGCGAGUUUCAUCUGGCUUUUCAAAAUAGGUUCUAAUCGGAGAAUGUUAUCAACCUGAGGUGAUUGACGGGAUUAUUUCCUUUGAAAGACAAAAAAAAGAAGGCAUCUGGUUUGACACUAGUGUUCCAUUUUAUAAUUAGAUUGUGAAAUUGCGUAGGUCAAAGUAUAAGAAGGGUGACAUUAUUCCUUUCAAUAUCCUACACGCUUUCAGU